UCGUUAUUUCGUUUGCAGUUUUCCCCCAAAAAUGCCGUUCUCUUCUUCUCCACCGGUUCCGUCGCCCACUGGUUUUCACCUGCAUUAAUUGUCGCCGGCGAUUCUACGACGGCUACCGGGGUCCGAUGGUUCUUUUACUACUGAAUGAUGGCUUCAACUGUGGAUUCUGCCGGCCUUAGGUUUCCGUUCACGGGUUCCUAUUUUCGCUGCUAACUUCUCUGAAAUGUUUGAAUAGUUUAUUGUGUGGAUUGUGUCUCUGCCAAAGACCAUACAGCUCAUUCAAUUUAGUGGUUAAGUGGCAGGACUGGAACAAAAUAUAGUAAUGGCGUCUUCGGAAGACGAGGCGGAGGCCUUGCCACUGUGUGUUUCAAAUUAUCACUUCGUGGAUCAUAAGGAAGAACCUGUUUCAUUCUCCAUUUUGCCGAUUAUGUGGGAUGAAGUGGACAGAUUGGAUGGCGGCCAAGAACCUGUUUUCCUGCAUGGAACAGCUGAUGAUGGACUUCAAAAGGUUUAUAAACAGGUAACUGCAUGGAGGUUUGAUAUUUGUGGUGCAAAUCCAGAGAUAUCGGUGCUUUCCAAAGAAAACGUGUGGAUUAAGCUUCAGAAGCCUAGAAAGAGCUUUGAGGAUACCAUUAGAACCAUCUUGAUUACAGUACAAUGCCUUCAUGUUUUAAAGAAAGAUCCGGACACACCUAGCAAAUCUUUGUGGGAUCAAUUAGCCAAAAUCUUCAGCUUGUAUGAGGUGAGGCCUUCACAAAAUGAUUUGGUGGAUCACAUGUCUCUAAUCAGUGAAACUGUCGAAAGGGAUGAUCAAUUGGCGAAGUCCCAGUUCUUACUUGCAUUCCUUGAAGAGAAGCCCAUUAAGAAAAGGUCAUGUCACGAGGAUGUUCAAUGUACAGCGAGGCCUAGUUUUAUAGUUGAUGAUUUAGAUGAUGAGGACAUGGUUGAUGAUGCUAUUGAAGAGGAGAGUGAUGAUGACGUUUUUGACUCCGUCUGUGCAUUUUGUGAUAAUGGUGGUAACCUUCUAUGCUGUGAUGGGAGGUGCAUGAGGUCCUUUCAUGCAACUGAAGAGAAUGAUGAUGAAUGUUUGUCACUUGGUCUCUCGAAAGAAGAAGUAGAUGCAAUUGAAAACUAUUUUUGCAAGAAUUGCGAGUAUAAACAGCACCAAUGUUAUGCUUGCGGGAAUUUAGGUUCAUCUGAUAAAGCUUCUGGUGCUGAGGUAUUCCAAUGUGUAAAUGCAACUUGUGGUCAUUUUUAUCAUCCUAAAUGUGUUUCAAAAUUGCUUCAUCGUGAAAAUAAAAUUGCUGCUGAGGAACUUGAGAGGAAGAUUGCUUCUGGAGAAUCUUUUUCUUGCCCUGUGCAUAAGUGUUCUGUUUGUGAACUUGGUGAAAAUAAGAAAGUACACGAAUUACAGUUUGCUGUUUGCCGUCGUUGCCCAAAAUCCUAUCACAGAAAAUGCUUACCAAGGAAGAUCACUUUUGAAGAUUCAGACGAUGAUGAAACCACAACCAGGGCAUGGGAAGGGCUAUUACCUAAUCGCAUAUUGAUAUAUUGCUUAGACCAUGAUAUCGAUGAGGACAUUGGGACACCAGACAGGGACCAUAUUAAAUUCCCUGGACUUGAAAAGAGUAAAAUUCCCAUCCAGCAAAAGAAAAUUCCUACAGUUGAUACAAGAAAAGGGAAAACAAUAGAUUUUCGUGGGAUUAGGGAAAGAGUUGUAUCAAAAAAGGAAAAUAUGUCAGAUGACCAUUUUCAGGGAAAAUCUGUUGCAAAAGUAUCGAAAUCAUUUGAAAGGUCCUCAUCUGAAGGGAAGGUUCUUAGCAAAGAAGCUGAGAAAUCAUUGUUGGGCUCUGAGUCUAGAAAAGUGAAAUUAGGUAAUGUUUCAAGAAAGUCUUUGAAUCAAAAUACAGAAUCUGUCCGCAUGGACAUUGAUAAGACUAUCAAAGGGAAAAAAUCCUCAGUUGUAAAGGCUGCCGCAUCAACCAAGAGGUCUGAUCAAAAUAAGGCUUCCAAGGAGGAUAACAGUGAACUGGGCAAGUCUGACGCCUCUAAGCCUCUGACAAAGAAGUUGAACAGUGGGAUGGUUCAAUUAGAUGCCGAUACGGAGAGGAGGCUAAUGGAUUUAAUGAAAAAUGUUGCAUCUUCAAUUACUUUAGAGGACGUAGUUCAGAAACACAAAGUACCAUCUACUCAUGCAUACUCUUUAAAAAAUGUUGUGGACAAGACAAUUAAGAUGGGGAAGUUGGAAGGUUCAGUUGAGGCUGUUCGAGCUGCUUUACGCAAGCUUGAGGAAGGAUGUAGCAUUGAGGAAGCAGAAGCUGUUUGUGAGCCUGAAGUUCUUUAUCACAUAUUUAAGUGGAAGAACAAACUGAGAGUAUAUCUUGCACCGUUUCUUUAUGGCAUGCGCUACUCCUCCUUUGGUCGUCAUUUUACGAAAGUUGAGAAACUUCAGGAGAUUGUCGAUAGGCUUCAUUGGUAUAUACAGAAAGGCGAUACAAUAGUGGAUUUCUGCUGCGGUGCUAAUGAUUUUAGCAUUUUAAUGAAGAAAAAACUUGAUGAGACGGGUAAACCAUGCUCGUAUAGAAACUUUGACUUUAUUCCACCGAAGAAUGUUUUCAAUUUUGAGAGAAGGGAUUGGAUGACUGUGCAACCCAAGGAAUUGCCUAAAGGAUCUCAGUUGAUCAUGGGGCUAAAUCCUCCAUUUGGAGUUAAAGCUGCUUUGGCAAACAAGUUCGUUGAUAAGGCUCUAGAGUUUAAGCCAAAGCUCGUUAUUCUUAUUGUUCCUCCUGAAACCGAGAGGUUGGAUAAAAAAAAGACUCCUUAUGACCUGGUUUGGGAGGAUAAUGAGUUUUUGUCAGGAAAGUCAUUUUAUCUUCCUGGAUCUGUCAAUGCAAAAGAUAAACAGAUGGAUCAGUGGAAUGUCAGGCCACCUGUGCUCUAUUUGUGGAGUCGUCGUGACUGGGCCGAUAAACACAAAGCCAUAGCACAAGAGCACGACCAUCUCCGUCCCCGGAAACAAGAGGAAUCAGAAAAAGAGAAGACUUCUGAUACCUCAAGGGUGAGGCAACCAGAGGAAUCAGAAAAGGGAAAGAGUUCUGAUUUGUCUAGGCUAAGGCAAAAAGAGGAUUCAGGAAUGGGAUUAGGAUCUGAAACCUCAAGGCCAAAUCAAUCGGAGUCGGAAAAGGGCCGAAGCUCUAAAACUUCUGAUGAUCAUAUUCAUCUCAAUGAUACAUUCCUGUUGGAAUCUGUAAUGCCAGCAGAUGAACCAGAAGAUUCCAAGAGUGGAUCAGUCUCCUGUGACGUUCAUAAAAACGGGUCUGUGAAAGGAUCAAAGAGGGAUAACGACAGAGAGAGUCAUGACAGUCGAGACCGCCGCACUAAUCUGUCUCCUGAGGCUCCAAGAAAGAGGCAGCGUUUUGAAGAAAUACCUAGAAGAGGUGAUGGUGAGACAUCAGAAGAGAGCCGACGUGAUGGUAAAAGGCCUUCUCCAAAUGUGAGUGAUCGUAGAUCCUCGUUGGCUGGUUUAUUGUCCAGUUCUGAGGUGGGAGGGAUUGGACAUCAGCAGUCGGGGUCGACUAAGCCUGGUUUCGAUGCUAACUUCCAAGCUGCUAAUGAUGCAGCAGCACGAACUAGCAUAAUUAACGACGUUGCUCGAUAUGCUGCUGUGGGAGGAAUUGGACAUCAGCAGUCGGGGUCGACUAUGCCUGGCCAGAAUGCUAACUUCCAAGCUGCUAAUGAAGCAGCACGAACUAGCACAACUAACGACAUUGCUCGAUAUGCUGCUGUGGGAGGGAUUGGACAUCAGCAGUUGGGGUCGACUAUGCCUGGCCAGAAUGCCAACUUCAGAGCUGCUUAUGAUGCAGCACGGACCAGCUCGACGGAUGCCAUUGCGAGAAAGUACAACCAGGAGCCUCAUCCAAUUGGGACAAGUGGAUGGUCAAACAAUGCAAGCCUCAGUUCCGAAAUUGGGUCUAGACAAUUCGAGGACCGUAUCAUCGAUCAAAUGGGACGACAUGCUGAUGGCCUUAAUUAUGCACCCUACACUACAGGGCACAACGCAUACAUGAGGGACUUGGAAAUACGAUCACAACUUCGUCGUUACGGGCAUAUGGAUACCGACAAUUUAAGAAGCAAUUAUCAAGCUGGACCUGAAUCUGGGUAUAACAACAGGAUUGGGUCAUUCCCACCUACUUAUGGGCAUCUGGGUACGCCCUCUGAACCAUCUCACUGGAUGAACACUUCAGCGACGCAACGAUACAUGCCUCGACUGGAUGAGUUGAACCACACCAGAUUGGCAGGAAUGGGUGCUGGGCAUCAGAUGAAUGGCAGUGGCACUAUCGACCCGAGAUCUCACCUGCCCCCUGGUUUCAGGGGUGCGCCACAGGGGUUCGCUUCUGGUCCUCAGUACCCAUAUUCAAACCAGAAUUCAGCUGGCUGGCUUAACGAGUAGGCUGCACCCGCACCCGCACCUGCACCCGCGCCCUACUCUAAAUCUUGCUUCACCUUACAGCAACUGUAAUGCAUUUUUUGGCCAAGAAACUAUUACUGGAUGGAUGCUGUACAUGACCGUGUAUUAACUACAAUAUAAUUAUAAAUACUAAUAACUAAAAUUUCUAACUUA